GUAUUCGUAGUUCGUACCACUCUUAGUAAGUUACUCUUUGCUCUUUGCCUCUUUGUUUGUACGAGUUCGUACGUAAUCAAAAAUCAUGUGGAUUGUUUAAAAAAUAGGUACGAACAUAAAAGAUAAUAAUGCUCAUAGGCUAAUUUAUAGGCAAUUUGGAUUAGCCCCGGCGCUGGGAUAGAUAUUGGCAGUAACCGAUAUAUGCGCUCCUGAUCAAAAAUGGAAUUAAACUUGUAAGAUAUUCGGUUCAUUGAACUGUUAUUGAUUAUUGUUAUCUGACGAGAAAACGAACGCCAAUAAUGUCUAUACCGCCGCCAGAUUUUAGUGUACCACCCCCGCAGUACGGCGUCUCUCCGCCGGGUGUCAUAAAUGGAACACAAACGAAUCAUCUAUACAUACAACCACCCCCGUUUUUGCCACCUGCGCAUCCUUUAGACGUACCGCCGCCUCCGUACUGCAAUAUGUCGGCGCCACUAAAUAUCCCACCGCCUACGCCAUCCUUCCCACCCCCUGUCGCUCUGUACCCUCCACCCUCUCAUAAUAAUUAUUCCUACACCGAUACGAGUGCCUACUCGAUGUCGCCAUCAUCUUCACUCUCUGGCAGCAGCUAUACGGAUCCAAAAUUUAACUACAACAUACCAGAAUAUGAUUUUUAUAAUAAAGAGAUUAGAACUGUCAGAGACUAUGUCUAUGAUCAAUAUGCUAGAAGUGGUAGAAGCUCAAGAGCAUCAUCAUCAUCAUCUUCAAUAAGGUCUAGAUACUCACCGGGUCGUGAAAAAUCUAGAGACAGAUAUUAUGAUAUGGAGAGGUAUGAUAGAGACAGACGCAGUCGAUCUGGACGUAGUCCUAGCCAUAGCAGGCAUCGGUACAGCCGGAGUCCAUCGAGACACCGCCGAGAUAGGGAAGAACAAUACCAAAGAGAGAAAUAUGAAGCUGAAAGAAGACAUGAAUAUGAAAGAAGGAAACGUCAUCACGAUAGACACAGGAGUUCAUCAAGUCAUAGAGAUCAUAGGAGUAAAAGUCGCUCAUAUGAUAGUCAUGGUGACCGGGAGAGAUUGCAUUCAGCCGAAAGGUACAGACAUCACUCACAUCACAGAGAAUCACAUUCACGCAGUAGAAUGAGAGAAUUAUCACCAAGAUCGUCCAGAGAUUCUGGGUCUUCAAGAUCUGUAAGCGAUCGUGAAAGAAUAUUAGAUGAUUUUAGGAAGAAUUAUUGCAGAACUUCAGAGGACUUUAUAAAAAAAAUUGAGCAAUGGUCAAAGGAACACAACUCUGAUGAAGAAGAAAACACAAAUAAGUGGUAUAGAAGUUCCCCAGCAGAGUUAUAUUACAAGACAUUAGAAGGUGGAGCUGUUGUAGAGCAGACAAAGAAGUUGGAGAAAAUUUGCGAGAAAUUCUUCAAAACGCUCAUUGAAAGAGGAAGAAUUGCUAGACCUGCUGCUGACGAAUUGCCAUCAUUGAAGCCACCAAAAGCAAAAAUAUGCAGACAUAGGUUGGACAAUAAAAGCUCUUCAUCAUCUUCGGACAGCGACGACGAGUGCUUCGACGAGGACGGCUUGCAAGGCUACACUGAUAGAAUAAUGUUGGAAUUGCAGAGAAAACAGAGCCAUCCCAGGAGACUGCAUCCAGAGUUGUGGUUCAACAACUCUGGUGAAAUGAAUGGCGGCCCGUUAUGCCGGUGCAGCGCGCGCGCCCGCCGCAGCGGCAUACGGCACGGAGUGUACGCGGGAGAGCAGAAGUUCCCAAAGUGUAACCCCUUGCGGAGCAACAUUGAUAAGUUAUAUCAUUACCGAAUAACAGUAUCGCCUCCAACAAACUUCCUCAUCAAAGCGCCCACUAUAAUUGGCCACGACGAGCACGAGUUCCUGUUCUCUGGGUUUUCAAUGUUUUCGCACUACAAGCUCUCAAAGCUACCUAAAUGCAAAGUGAUAAGGUUCAAUAUCGAAUACACGAUAUUGUAUGUCGAAGAGCCAGCGCCUCUCAAUUUUACGGUGCAGGAAUUAGAUUUGUUUGAGGAAUUUCUGUUCAUAGAGUUGUUGGAACUAGUGGACUUAGAUUUGGGCAAGGCUACUGAAGAACAUUGUUCUCAGUUUCACUUCAUGCCGCGAUUUGUGCGAUACCUGCCCGAAGGUGGAUGUGAGGUUUUAUCGAUGUGCGAAGUACUCAAAUAUCUUAUAAAAGAGAGUGGUUACCUGAUUCCGCCGGACAUGCUGGAAGAUUUCCACGAUAUGGACCAUUACAGCUGGCAGAAGUUUGUUGAUAAAAUUAAAGGAAUGAUAGUAACUUUCCCUGGCAAAAAGCCAUGUUCGGUGCGAGUGGACCAAUUAGACCGAAGUCCCCCUGUCACUUCUGAAGAGGUGAACAAUCUGAAGGACUUGAAGCAAUUCUUCCCCGAAAUCGUGCACUUCGGUAUCAGACCACCUCAGUUCAGUUACGCUGGCAACCCUGAGUAUCAGAAAGCAUGGCGUUAUUACGUCAAAUACCGUCACCUGAUCGCCAACAUGUCGAAGCCGUCGUACAAGGAGCGCCACAAGCUGGCAUCCAAAGAAGCCAAGCUGCAAGAGAUGAGGACGCAGAACAAAAUGAAGAGGGACGUCACGGUGGCCAUCUCCUCCGAGGGCUUCCACACUACGGGCCUCAUGUGUGAUGUGGUGCAGCAUGCCAUGUUAAUACCGGUGUUAGUACGUCACUUGCGAUUCCACAAGUCUUUGGACAGUUUAGAGGAGACUAUAAAGUACACGUUCAAAAGGAGAUCUCUCCUGCAAACUGCUCUCACUCAUCCAUCGUAUAGAGAGAACUUUGGCACCAACCCCGACCAUGCGAGGAACAGUCUCACCAACUGCGGUAUAAGACAACCAGAGUAUGGUGACAGGAGGAUACAUUAUACCAGGAAGAAGGGAAUUGUAACACUUAUAAAAAUCAUGUCCCGUUUCGGCAAGCAUGCGGAGACGGAGUCCGAGAUCAAACACAACGAGCGGCUGGAGUUCCUCGGCGAUGCCGUGGUGGAGUUCAUAUCGUCCAUACACCUGUUCCGAAUGUUCCCUGGCCUCACUGAGGGAGGGCUGGCCACUUUCAGGGCCUCUAUUGUACAGAACCAACACUUGGCGCAGUUGGCAAAGAACAUAGGUCUAGAACAGUACAUGUUGUGCGCGCACGGCUCAGACCUGUGUCGAGAGAUGGUCAUGCGUCACGCUAUGGCCAACUGCUUCGAAGCGCUCAUGGGCGCUCUGUUCCUAGAUGCUGGACUUGAGAUAACAGACAAUGUGUUUGCUCUGGCGCUGUGGUACAAUGAGCCCGACAUGCGGGAGGUGUGGUCCAAGGAUCGGCCACACCCGCUGCAAGACCAGGAGCCACUGGGGGACCGCAAAUACAUCAAGGAUUUCGACUUCUUGAAGAAAUUGACUGUAUUUGAGGACUCUAUAGGUAUUCACUUUAAACACAUUCGUUUACUGGCGCGCGCGUUUACCGAUCGCUCAGUGGGCUUCACGAACCUGACGCUGGGCUCCAACCAGCGGCUCGAGUUCCUGGGCGACACCGUGCUGCAGCUGGUCGUGUCGGACCGCUUGUACAGGCACUUCCCCGACCAUCAUGAAGGACAUUUGUCGUUACUCCGCUCGUCUCUCGUGAACAACCGCACCCAGUCGAUGGUGUGCGACGACCUCAACAUGUCGGAAUACGCGAUAUACAACAACCCCAAAGCGAAACCCACCACUAAGAAGCACAAGGCCGACUUGCUCGAAGCCUUUUUGGGAGCUUUGUAUAUUGAUAAGAGUCUGGAAUACUGCCAGACGUUCUGCAACGCGUGCCUGUUCCCGCGCCUGCAGGAGUUCAUCAUGAGCCAGGGCUGGAACGACCCCAAGUCGAAGCUUCAGCAAUGCUGCCUCACUCUGCGCUCCAUGGAGGGAGGGGAGCCAGACAUACCCGUCUACAAGGUCAUCGAGUGCCUGGGCCCCACCAACACGCGCGUGUACACGGUGGGCGUGUACUUCCGCGGCUCGCGCCUCGCCGCCUCGCGCGGACACUCCAUACAGGAGGCCGAGAUGAACGCCGCCGAGGAGGCGCUCAGCUGCGCCAACGAACUAUUCCCACUUCUGGACCACCACAAACGCGUUAUAGCGAACCGCAUGCGCAAACAGAAGAAAUCUCAACUGAUACGCGAGGGUCGAGACUGUCGCGUGCCGGCGCUCAACGAAACCUUUGUCACGGAGAAGGCCAUAGACGAACGUGUCCCAAAGGCUUACAGACCAGGGGCGAAGGAAGACUCCUCAGACGAAAGUGUCCACGAACCGUCUGACAACGAAGUGGAAGCUAAUCAGGACGAGAGGAACUCUGACGAUGAUUCCGGCUUGGACAGCGACUCGGAUUCAGAGUUGGACAAACACGAAGACGUCAAAGUGAGCAGCUUGCUCAGCGACAUGGAGAAUCUGAAGCGGGAUCUGAUACAGCGCAACGAAUACGACAAACUGAAAGAGAAAUCGCGCAGGUCAGAUUCUGAUGACGAAUGAAACUUUUCAUGAUUUUUUUCUUAGUAAGUAAUUGCCUGAAAACUCACCGGUAAGUGCGGUCGCUCGUAUUUAAAAAAAAAAAAGACAUGUCAAAUGUUCGUAUUAAAUAAAAAAAAAAAAACAAAAAAAAAAAUAAAAAAAAAAAUGUAGAAUUCUAUAAUCUCAAUAUAUAAUCACAUUGUUUAUUAAGGUAGUUGUUAGUUUCCUGACGAGAUCUCGGACUUUUAGUGUCCACGGAACGAUAUCACAACAGCAUGCUCAAGGUGAAAGGAUCUCUUGCGGCGACUCCGUUGCUGCAACUCAAGCGCCGAGUCGGACAAUCUUCCGAAUGUCCAAAUGUGCUGGUCAUUUGGACAUUCUCAAGUUUGUACGACUUUUUUUCGACAUUUUGAAAGAAGAUGAAAUACAGUAGACUGGAUCAACAAACUGGAAGAAAGGUGCUGGAAUUUACAUGUACUACCUUUAUUUAAAAGAUAAUAAUAAGCAAUAUUUAGUAGUAAGUAAAGUUAUUUAAAAGAUAUUAGUAAGUAAAAGAAACUGCUUUAAUAAACAGUACAUAUUGUUUAUUACGGUGGUUUUGGUUUCUAAUCUUAUAGUGCGUUCUUUGUAGCAUGGUGCGGGUGACAAGUGUCAGUUUGACGAGCAUUCACAACCAAACAAACGCAAUACAAACAUCAUUUAAGCCGGGUGUCAAGUUAAACCGCACGAGAAAAUGAAAAAAAAAUGAAAAAAUUGUAACUUCGAAAUACAUUAGAUCUACAUUUUUUAUAAUAAUAACUUGCGGACGCCCGCGACUUCGCGUGGAAUUUAGUUUUUCACAAAUCAUCAUGUUUUAUUUAAAAUUUUCAUGUAAACACCUCUCAAUAUAAUACGAUAAUUUUUUUUUAAUCUAGCAGAACGAUAAUGAACAAUUUAAAACCAUUUAAAAGUACCCUUUUAUCCAUUCCAUUUUAUAAAAAAAUAAUAUGAAUCUUCGUACACGUUGACUUUUAUCCCGCACCAUUCUACAAUGAAUAAACUGUAGAAGUAGUAAACAAAUGUCAAAAAACAUAAUAUUAUGAAAAAGUACAUUCAUAUUAAUUAUAUAGUUACUUGAGAAACUAAAUCAGCAUCAUGGUAGAAAAUUAAAUGUAUAACUUUAGUUUUUCAUUUAAAUUUAUUUCCUCUUUAUUCAAAAUCAAAAUCAUGGAAACGAAAUUUUAGUCAGUCAUCGCAACCAAUUUAGUUAAAAUUUUGUGUUUUUAUUUAGUUUGAAUUAUUAAGUAGGAUUGAGUGGUAGGUCAACUUCAUUCUUAAUCCAAUUUGGUGGAAGAGUAAUUGUUAAACGUAAUAGUCAUAAUAACGUUGUCAUGAUGUUAGUCACUAUACUGACUAAAAAAUCAUACUUACAUACUGUUAAUAUGAUUUUUAGUGUUUUUUUUUUAGUUUAUAGUUUUUUAUUAUAUAUAAAAAAAUGUUCCUGUGCUGUGAAUUUCUUAUUACAUACAUUUUGUGUAGAAUUAAUAUAACAGGUAAAUACUUUAAAUUUAAAGUUUUGACAUUAAAUUGCAGACUCAUUUUAAUGAUGAAAUGUAUAUGUAUGAAUAUUCGUAGCACUUUUGUUGUCUUGUCCAGAUUUUUUAACAAUUUUGACAUGAUGGUAUACAAGGUUUGUUUUCGAGAUAUCACACAAUAUAAUGUACUCGUCCAUCUUUAUUUUUUUUUUAUGAACUAAUUCCAUUAUGUAUUUAAUAGUUAUCCAUUAUUCAUUACUGUUACUUACUUUAGUUCUAAAUGGUAUAACUAAACCCAAUCUAUAGAUACUAUAAUGUUGAGGUAAAGUUUGUGAGGUUGUAUUGGGUGAUCUACUAAACCGAUUUUGAAAAUUCUUUUACCAAUAGAAAGCCACGUUAUUUUUGAGUGUCACAUGUUAUAUUUUAUCCCCGUAUUCCCGCGAGAAUGUGCAUUAUACGGGUAAAACCGCGGGGCGUGUUUUAGUUUGUUAUAUAUCUAAACCACACAAACAAAACUGUACCAAUUGUGCGAAAUCGUUUCAUUAGGUUAAAUAUUACAAGUUCUAGACGAACAAGCAACUCGUUGUCAUUUAAUGAUACUCAGGUGCAUAAAAAAUUAAAAUUAAGGCUAAGUGUUUUACUAAAACUUUAGUGACUCAAUAAAACAUUAUCAAUAUAUUGACAUA